AUGGACGAUACCGAGAUACUUCCUACACUUGACUCUCUAUUCGACGAGCAGGCAGCUGCCCGUGAGGGCAAGCCUCACAUUUCCUGUGAUAUGUGGGGCAGCUGUACCCCUCGCAAUAUCAGCAAAAAGAUCCGGCGUACCGCUUGUCUGAAACCCCUCCACCGAGAACUCCUUCGGCAAUUUGUUAAUAUUUGCACUAAUGCAGGCAUUGAAGCUUUCGUCUAUGGUGGCACAGCCCUGGGAGUUUAUCGUGAAGGUGGCCGUAUGAUUGCCUUUGACUAUGACGCAGAUUUCGCCACCUUUGAGUACUCAUCCGAUGGAGAGGUUGGCAGCCUCAGCUGUUUGGCCAACUUCUGCCUUAGUGAAGGGAGCAAUGCCAAAGUUAUCAAUAUAGAGGGCCUCAUGCAUAAUCCUCCUGCUGAUGCGACCGUUUAUGUAGACUUUCAAAAUGUCUUUGAACCAAGUGCUCCUUGGUUCUCUCUUAAUACGGAGGGGAAGGUGAUCGAGAAGGUAUUUAAUGGUGUUGGCGCCAAACGGGCAAAGUUUUAUUUCACUCAUCAUGGUUUACAAGAGGCGGCUAAGAGAAUUGGCCAAGUCAAAGCGUCCGUUUUAAACGAAGUGAGUAAGGAUUUAACAGACAUUCACAUUGAUCUCUUUACACUCUCUCCCCAUCCUGACUCACCUGAUGAAAAUCUACGAGUAAAUUGGCACCGAGGAGGCCUCUAUAAUUCAUUGAACAAAAUGUUUUCCACUCGACAUUUUCUUCCCCUUCAGAAGGUCAUUUUUGAGGGCGUGGAAGUCUUCGCCCCGGCAAACUUGGAAGGAUAUCUCAAGGAGGAGUAUGGAUAUUUAGGCAGGGAUGCAAUGUAUGAUUGUUCAACUCAGUGUUAUGUUAAAAUCCCGGAGGAAUUUCGCGAAUCGCUGCCUCCAAAUUACAAGAAAUAUAUAAAUGGCGAUCCCCUGUAA